AUGUCAUUAGAAAAUGUGGUGAAGGAAAUGUUUAUGGGAAAAAAGAAGAGACGUCGUGAGAAAGUGAACAUCUCUGCAUGUGCUGUUGUUGCUGGCGAUGGUGCAUCAAACGAUGCGAAACAUUCAUCGAAUGAACGAUCAGCGGACUAUUUACGCAACUUCAAACCUUUACCUUCUCAUUCUCACAAACAAUUUAAUGCAAAUCAGAAUUGA